AUGUUUUGGACUAGCUGUUAUGUCUUUCCUGCGUUAUUGGCGUCUUACUCGCAUGUGGAUGCGGAAUGUGUAUUACUAGUCACAGACGGUUUACUGACUAAGGAAUUUUAUGAGAUACAACAAUUAUCCACAGUUUGCAACUCACGUCCCCUCUAUUUAACUCUUUUAAUGAAUAAUAUAAAUCCAAAUAACAGAGUUAUUGAACUGGCUUCUAAAUUAUUGAUGAUGACGUGUUGUUCGAAGAGCAGACUGAAUGUUAUUACAAUUGCUGUGAGUGGAUGUUUUGUCCAGCUUUCACCAAUUGAAUGGAGUAUCAGAGUUCCUUCAAAACUUUAUGGAUGCCCGAACUCGUGCUAUAAGUUUGUGCUUGACAGUCUACACAAAUUUCCAAACGAAAUCACGGGUGGAAUAUGUCCUGUUAAAAAUCCACAGACACAUAAUUCUACAUCUCAAGAAGCCAUGAAAGAUAGUGCUUGUCAAGUUUCGAACCCUUCAAGUGAAAAACUAUUAACAGACAGUUCCAUUCACCUCCCUAAGAUUAAUGAACAGCAAGUUCAAAGAAGUAAAUUGCUUGAAAUGAAUGACUGUCAAACUCAGACAAUUUCUGGCACGUCAGAAGAAGUAACUACAACGGAUUCAAACCAGUUUAUUACCUCUUCAUCCCAUACAAUGUAUGGUGAAGGUCAUAAUCAUAACUGUAUGUGCAAUUCGUGUCUUGCAUAUGAAUGUUCAGAGGAACAUGCUGGUAAUAAAUUCAAACGAAGCAGAUAUCGUGUCGCUAGAUCUUUCAUAAAUGGUCGCUCACAACUUGAUUGGUGGGCUGAUGAUAUUCGAAUCGCUCCUUCAGCUGGUGCUUUACUUCUGGGUCAUACUGUUUUGGCUCCAAAGUAUAACGAGGGUAGUCGGUUAUUUAUGGGUACUGUACUUUCACAGGUAGAUUACUGCACGUUUAUUAUCUGCUUUGAAGACCCUAAUUCAAAAUAA